AUGCAGCUAGGAAAACUUGAUGAACGUAUUCAUGUCAUGGAUGCCAGUUCAAACGUCUGGAGCGUCAUAAAGGACAUUGCAGAGUCAGGAGUUCAAGAGGAAGCAUUCUACGUCUGUGACAUUGGUGACAUAAUAAGCAAACACAAGGAAUGGAAAAUUAAAAUGCCAAGAGUCCAGCCAUACUAUGCGGUGAAAUGCAACGACAGCCUCACUGUGAUUGAAGUACUGGCUGCACUUGGAACUUGUUUUGAUUGUGCUUCAAAGGCUGAAAUUGACAGAGUUCUUUCUGUUGGUGUCGACCCAAGCCAUAUUAUUUUUGCAAAUCCUGCAAAACCUGCAUCGCACAUCCGCCAUGCAGCAGCUGUAGGUGUUGAUCUGAUGACUUUUGACAGUGACUGUGAGCUCCACAAAAUCAAGACCCUAUUUCCUACUGCCAAGCUGGUGCUACGUAUCCGGUAUGAUGCUGCCGUGGCUCAGUGCCAGCUUGGGAACAAGUUUGGAUGUGAUCCAGACUCAGAUGCACCACGCCUUAUGAAACUGGCUCAGUCAUUGGACCUAGACAUUGUGGGCAUCAGUUUCCACGUCGGCUCUGGCUGUGACGAUCCACCAGUAUUCUACAAAGCCAUUUCUGCCGCUCGAAGACUUUUUGAUCUGGGGUCAGCUCUAGGGUUCUCCAUGAGUUUGCUUGAUCUUGGUGGUGGCUAUCCUGGCAACAAAGGUGCCCAUUUAGAUAAGAUUGCAGAGGUGGUGAACAGUGCCCUCGGCGAGUUCUUUCCUGAACCAGAUGUUCACGUAAUUGCGGAACCAGGACGGUAUUAUGUUGCCUCAGCAUACACCCUUGCUACAAAUGUUCAUUCCAAGAGAGAACUUAUCAACCCAAAGGAUGGAUCCAUCACAUCAGUCAUGUACUAUGUAAAUGAUGGCGUGUACGGCAGUUUUAAUUGCAUUCUCUAUGAUCACAUGAAAGUGACACCAGUGCCUCUCAAAGCACCUGGACUUGAAAUGCGUCAGUGUUCUGUCUGGGGACCAACUUGUGAUGGCCUGGAUCAAAUAGUUGAAUCUACUUUGCUGCCGGAGAUGGAUAUAGGAGACUGGUUGAUUUUUGAGAAUAUGGGUGCUUACACACUGCCUGUGGCGUCUCCAUUCAAUGGCUUCCCUGUUCCCAAAGUGCAUACUGUGAUUGACGUCCAAGGCUGGCUGCUGCUCAAAGACCGACUACCCAUGAUGGAGAAUCAUUUUGUCAUUGGAAACACACCAGCAAAUCUACACAUGGGUCUAUCCAUAGAUGGUCAAGGCAACAUUGAUGAGUGGGAUGAAGUUCACAUGCCUGUUUCAUCUUCUGAUGAUGAGAUUAUGGAUGAUCACAUGUCACAGCCAACUGUGGGCUCAAGCAUCGUAUAUCCAUUCCUUCAGAUGGGACAAGUCAAUUAGGAUCGGAUGGAGGCGUCUCUGCACCUCAGU